AUGUCAAGCACAUUUCCGGCGACACAAGAAGACGUGGAGAAGAUGAACGCGCCUGUCAUCGAGUCCUUGUUAAACGACUUAGACGUCACGCAGAAGGGGUGGGUCAAACGUGAAUCAUGUUUAACGCCGCCACCAAAGUACUUUCAGAUCUACACCAAAGAAGACACGCAGAGUUUCACUCUUCGUCUCACAGCACUUCUUCCCCAAAAUUUCGAGAAGGUCUCGCAAUUGAUGUUGAUUCCCAAGAAUGUCCUUUCGAUGAUGUUUCUUGUCAAACGGUUUCAUAAAGUGACUGAGAAUGAAGUCGACUUGGAUGCUGCAAGUGAUGCUCUUGGUAUUUGUGAACGCCUUCGGUCGUGGUACGUCUUAAAGAAAUACAAACGGAGUUGUAUCUUCUCACAGACGGGAUAUACUAAUGGCCCUUGGAUCUCGCACAUUCACUUAUGUGAACAGAAUGGUCCCGGUGUGAAAUACACUAUAGACACUAAUGUGAGGAAAAUUGAGAACUACAUUUCUAUUGAAGACUUCUUGGUCUCCGACUUCGCAUUUUUCUUCGAAGAAAUGAAUGACAGACUGAACGGAGACGACGAGUCCAUUUUUAUUUGGGACAAAUUCCACGAGUUUCUGGGCGUCCUCACAAACACCGUGAUCUACCCUAAACUCGUCAUCCACAACGAAAAAGUCUCAAUAUUCGCUAAUGAAGACUACACAGAACUCUUUGUCAGAGGACGUGUUGGGUAUCACAAGAAGAACAUUUCGGACGUCAUCAGUAUGUACUCCUCUACUAUCAAUCAGAACUUCAACUACCCUGUUUUCAAGGAAAUUCGAAAGUCGAAGAAACUGCAUUACGUCCACGGCGAAACACGAAAUUUCAUGGGAGCGUCGGACUUUGUGUACGGCAGUGUUGUUGUCGAAUAUGGCCUUUUUGUCGUCGGAUCAAGUGGGACCGACCCGGAGUGCAAAUUUGGGACGAAGAGUGACCACGACAAAUUCUAUGAUAUGCUCUCGGGGGAUUUAGUCUUAUUUGGGAGGAACGAAACGACGAUCGACACGGUGACCCACUUGUGUAUUCCCUCCCAUCGCCUUCAGACGGAAAAACAGGCGAAGAACAAUAUAUUAAUGUUCAACGUCUGUCUCCUUUUGUCGCGCAUUUCAUUGGACUUUGGCAUACACCCGGGAGUCCCGUAUCCCUUUCAAGACCAGUUCUUAUAUAACUUCCAGUUGUUUCAAAAAUGCUUUGUGACCAAAUUGUUAUCCGAGCGCUUGUGUUAUAAUUACCGGUCGGGGUAUUACAAUUUGAAUACCCCCAAAAAGGCAUUUGAAAGCACAAAAAGCCCAAAUUUCACAUCAAAGAGUGUGUUAAAGUGUUGUAAUGAACAGAUGGAACACCGUAAAGACUCGUUCACUUUACUCGACGACAAGACUCUCAUCUUUAUCUUCUCGUUCUUAUCACUGGAAGCUAUUAUAGCUGUAAAACACACGUGUAAAGUCCUCUACGGCUUUGUCACACGAAAUCCAUCGAUUUAUAAGCAAAUCUACACCACCCAUUUUGACCCCAAGUCCUUCUUUAGAACACCACAGAAAGUGUUUACUUAUGAGAUCUCCGACAUCCAAAAUUUGGAAAAGGCCACAGUGAAUGCGUGGCGUGUUCGGAAGAAUUGGCGGAUGAUGCGUGGGAUCAAGCACGAGACACUUAAAUUGACGAUUUGCUCGAUCGACCAAAUUCAGUUUUCAAUGGGGCGGUCGAUCUUAGCGGUCUCAAGGAGCGGGAAUAGUAUCCACAAGCUUAACAGUGACAUGUCUGUCUUUGGGAUAUUAAAGCCAAACGAUCAAAUACUGUCGACUCGAUAUGACUGGGUAUAUCGGAACUUCGCAGUGGCAACUGCCGAUCAUUAUGUCCGAUAUUAUAACCGCCCCGCCACUGCAUACGUUUCGAAGAGAAUUCCGAUCUUCAGUGGAAUCAAUUUCAUAUCAGAGAGAAAGAUGGUUGGACUGAAUGUCAGCGAAGGGUAUUUGUAUAACAUAGAAGCAGAGAAAAUGGAGAACAUCUAUCGACCAGACAGAACUCCUCUUACAUACAUUAAUGAGACGGAUAACGGGAAUAUAGUGACGUUGACGGAAAGCGGGAACGUGACGUGGUACGACAAAAGAUCACCAAAAAUAGUGUUACAGACCAAACCAUUCUCUGAGGCAUUUGUGACUUUUGACUCCUUUGGAGACUACUUGAUCGCAGGAGACAAGUCCGGUAAAAUAGUAAUGUUCGACCAAAGAAACCCAGACACCUAUUUUGAACGAAUAGUCGGGACUAAAAGAAUCAAACAAAUUUGUAUGGGGUGCCACCGUUUUAGUGUCCUCUGUGAAAACGUGUCGUCUUUUGAGUGUUACCAAAAUUGGUUUGGGAGACAGAGCCUUCUUGUGCCACAAAUUUCUAAUGCAGAAUGCAUCCUCUUUAAUCAGGAAUAUUUGGCUGUUGGAGAUAGAAAUGGGGUCAUCCACAAAUUGUAUUUUGAUAGUAAUGUAAACUAA